UCUAUAAGUUUUGUUAGUUUAGAAGGGAGCAGACAUGCUUUUUCACCGCCUCGGUCUUUUCCGGUUAUCCCGUAGCGUGAGCGAGAAUGAAGCAAAUUGUAACAAAUCAAACUGUGAAAAUACCUGAGGGACUGACUGUUACAGUCAAGUCCCGUUUGGUUACCGUGAAAGGACCAAGGGGUGUUCUCAAACGUUCUUUCAAACACCUUGCACUCGAUAUUCGUAUGGUAAGUCCAAGGUUACUGAAAGUUGAAAAAUGGUUUGGCACAAAGAAAGAAUUAGCAGCUGUUCGCACAGUUUGUUCUCAUAUUGAAAAUAUGUUGAAAGGUGUAACUAAAGGUUACCAGUACAAAAUGCGAGCAGUAUACGCUCAUUUCCCUAUUAAUUGUGUCACGACAGAAAGUAACACAGUCAUUGAAAUUCGUAAUUUCUUGGGCGAGAAGUACAUUCGUCGCGUUAAAAUGGCACCAGGCGUGACUGUAACAAAUUCAGCCAAACAAAAAGAUGAACUGAUAAUCGAAGGAAACUCCUUGGAAGACGUCUCUCGUUCUGCUGCCCUUAUACAGCAAUCAACAACUGUAAAGAACAAGGAUAUUAGGAAGUUCUUAGAUGGUCUUUACGUAUCUGAAAAAACAACAGUUGUACAAGAAGAAUAAAUUUUAUGAAAAAUGUGAA